AUGGCUUUAUUGAAGGGCGCAUUGCUUGCUGUUCUGCUGGCGACAGCCGGAGACGCGGCUUCAUGCAAGGCUUCGGCCGCGCCGCUGUUUGAGUAUGAGAAGGUCCAAUUGACCGAGCAGACCCUGGCGAAACUGGGCCGAGCGCAGUCCCUCUUUGGCUUUGGCAAUACGACCAAUACGACCCAGUCCGGCACUUGCAAGGUGUUCCCCGGGGAUCGCCAGUGGCCGUCACAGGCGUCCUGGGCGGCGCUGAACAAGGCCGUGGACGGUGCGCUGAUUGAGACCGUCCCCCUGGCUGCAUCUUGCUACUCGUCAUGGCCUCAAUAUGACAGUGAACUUUGCAAGGAGAUCACGGACAAGUGGACGGAUUCGCAUAUCCAUGCCGCCGAUCCAGCAUCGGUCAUGUGGCCGUUGUUCGAGGGCCGAAGCUGUCUGCCCACGACCAAUUCCUCCUCCAGCUGCAGUCUGGGUGGAUACAGUGUCUACUCUGUGAAUGUGUCGAACGUGGCGCAAAUCCAGCUUGCCGUCAACUUCGCUCGCAACAGCAACAUUCGUCUCGUCACCAAGAACACGGGACACGAUUUCAAUGGCAAAUCGAGUGGUGCCGGUGCCUUGGGCAUCUGGACCCACAACCUCAAGAAUGUGGAAUAUUUUGAGAACUAUUCCGCCGCGGACUAUCAGGGUCCGGCUGUGAAGCUGGGUGCCGGUGUGCAGGCCGCUGAAGUGUACGCGCAUGCCAAGAAGCUAGGCUACACCGCCGUCGGUGGUGAGGGAAAGACGGUCGGCGUUGCAGGCGGCUACGUGCUGGGCGGUGGUCACUCUCCUAUGUCCAGCUUGUUUGGCUUGGCGGCGGACCAGGUUCUGGCCUUGGAAGUUGUCCUCAGCAAUGGACACUUCGUGACAGUGACCAAGACGAGCCAUCCUGAUCUCUUCUGGGCUCUGCGAGGUGGAGGUGGAGGUAUGUGCGGAUUGCCUAUAGUGACGAUAUUUGCUAACCAUCGAUCAGGAACCUUUGGAAUUGUCACUUCCAUCAUCUCUCGUGUCUACCCCAAGAUCGGCACGACAGUGUCGACCUUCAACUUCUCGACUGGAAAGAAUGUCUCCACCGAGACCUUCUGGGCUGGCGUCAAGGCCUACUUGAGUCACUUCCCAGCGCACGCCGAUGCGGGCACAUACGCCUACUUCUGGGUUAUGGCCACGGGCGAGGAUUCCUACACGUUCCUCAUGAAUCCCUUCUUCGCCGUCAACCACACCCUGAGCCAGUACAAUGCCUUGGUGAAGCCCUGGUACCAGGAGCUUCGCGCCCUGGGAAUCCAGAUUCAGCCCAACUCGACCUACUACGACAACUUCUACGACGCCUGGAACUCAGGCUUCCCCCUCGAGACAGUAGCCUCCUCGACCAUGAUGACCGGCAGUCGUCUCUUCCCCCGAUCCAACUGGGAAGACGCGGAGCUGCUGAACAAGACUUUCAACGCCCUCCGCUCCACCGUGACUGCCGGCUUCCCCUUGCUCGCCUUCAACAUGAAGGCUGAGCUCCAGAAAGGAUUUGCCUCCAACUCCGCCAACCCGGCCUUCCGCCAGACUCUGCUGCAUGCCAUUUCCUCGACCAGCUGGACCGAGACGACUUCCAACGCUGACAUCAAGACCAAGAUGGAUUAUUUCACCAACGACAUCCUCGGCCAGUGGCGCGCUGUCUCUCCGGAUGCCGGUGCGUACAUGUCUGAGUCCGAUAUCCAGGAGCCGAACUUCCAGCAGGCGUUCUAUGGAUCGAACUACCAGCGCUUGUACCAGUUGAAGCAGAAGUAUGACCCGGGCAUGCUGUUCUACGCCCCCACUGGUGUUGGCAGUGAAGAAUGGACCGUGAGAAGCCUCGACGGUCUUCCCGAUCAGAACGGUCGGCUGUGUCGUCUUUAA